AUGUCAAGCGAUCAUCAAAUUUACCCCGGCGGAUCCUCAAAUGCGGAGCUCCCCGCCUUAGGGGAACGGCGUGACGAAACCCUCGAUGAACGUCCCGCAGCGGUGUCAGAACGCUAUUGGCGGCUAUUCAACGACCCGGGCUUGUCUCCCCCUGGCGGCGCGCCCGCCGACUCCUCGCAAGUGUCGCCUGAGGCCUUUCAUGACCUCGCCCACCAGGUUCGAACUCUAACAAGCAUGGUGCAGACCAUUGUCUCCCAACAAACCCCUCCGUAUACGACGAGGCCCUCGCAGCAACAGGAAACCCUCGCCCGGACCCACGCACCGCUCCCAGAGCUUCCGGGCUCGCCUCGAAACCCCACAACUCGACCGGGAGGCAGGGAAGCCGAGGACACGGCGAGCCGCCCCGAGCCGGAGGCCCCGACUGCUGAUUCGAUGAACGCCCUACGGGCCCAACUGCGCCUCGUCAGUCAAAGGCUGGACGAGGUACAGCAGGAGGUUCGUAAGUCGAAAGAAGAACUCGGGGCGGACGGACACCAAGGAUCUCCGUUCACCCCCGAGAUACAGGAUCAGGCGAUCCCGCCACACUUCCGCCUCCCUUCCCUGGACGCGUAUGAUGGCGCAACCGACCCAGCGGACCACGUGGCCGCUUUUCGGGCCCAGAUGGCGCUGUUCGGGACUUCAGACGCCCUGAUGUGCCGGGCGUUCCCGACGACCUUGCGAGGACCAGCCCGCGCAUGGUACAGCGGCCUGAAGUCAGGAACCGUCGCCUCCUUCGACCAGCUCGCCAAGGAUUUUGAGCUUAACUUCCUAGCGUACGCCCGACCGAAGCCAUCCAUGGCGUUGCUCCUAGGGCUCAACCAGAAGGAGGACGAGCCCCUUUCUCACUUUGUGAACCGGUUUACGACGCAAAUCCAUGGAUUACCGGAUGCUCACCCCUCUCUCUUGAUGCAGGCCUUUAUGACUGGUCUGCGGCCAUCCAGGUUCUUCUGGUCGCUUGUGGAGAGACCCCCCGUCGCGGUCCUUGAGAUGCUCCAACGGGCCAGCCAGUUCAUUGCCGCAGAAACCUGGAUGAUGGGAAAGCAAGAAGAACACAGAAAGGUCAAGUCGGAGCCGCCCCGACAGCAGCAACCCACCACCUCCCGGCGAAAGCUGGACAGGCCUGACCCCAGGCCCCCACUUCCCGCCCUGAACUCUUCCCGGACGGAGAUAUUCCUACACGAAAAGGGAAAGGGGCUGCUCAGGGACCCCCACCCCAUGAAUAACCCGCGAGAGCUCGCAGAUCGCUCAAAGUACUGCCGAUUUCAUCGACAGCACGGGCAUGACACGGAGCAGUGUUACGAGCUGAAAAGACAAAUCGAGGAGCUCAUCCUCAGAGGCCAUCUCGGCCAGUACCUCCGGCCGAGCAAAGAGCAGUCUCCUCGUCCGGAGGGCCCUGUUGAGCGACACAUCGAUGUCAUAGCCGGGGGCCCCGCAUCCGGAGGAAGUUCUAUGUCGGGCAGGAAGGCCUACGCCCGGGCCGCCCCCGACGAAGCCUCGGGACGUGAGCCUGAGCCCGAGAUCACCUUCCCAACCGGAGCCGCUGAGCGACCCCACCACGACGACGCCCUGGUAAUAUCGGCCAGGGUAGCCAACGCGCAAGUAAAAAGAAUCAUGGUCGACACGGGGAGCUCGGCCGACAUACUCUACUUUGGCGCCUUCCAGAAGCUGGCCCUAGCCAGGGAAAAUUUAAGCACUAUGUGUUCGGCACUCACCGGCUUCACGGGAGAUUCGAUAUCGCCUCUGGGAGCCAUUACCCUCCCUCUGACUCUGGGAACCCCGCCGAAAUCAAAGACGGUCAUGACCACCUUUCUGGUCAGAGCCGUCGUCUCGACCUACUACCGGACCGUCAAGUUCCCGACUCGGGAGGGGGUCGGGGAAGUCACCGGAAGCCCCCAAGAGUCCAGGCGCUGCUACCUUACCUCCGUCUCAUUGGGCAAAAGGGCCAGGGGAGAAUCGCCUCUAGAAGAUCCCCGGGAGGCAAAGAGGCCGGCCCCUCACCCUGGGCCGAGGGGAUCCACUGCUGACAUCCCCUUACGGGAAGCACGGCCGGAUCAAACGGUCAAGGUCGGCUCAGAGCUACCCGAGCGAGAACUGGAACAGCUCGUCGGCCUUCUACGGGAGAAUGCCGACAUCUUCGCCUGGUCCCCAUCGGACAUGAAGGGAGUCGACCCCAAGGUCGCGGAGCAUCAUCUCAACAUCCCACCUGACGCCCGACCGGUAAAGCAAAAACCCCGUCGCCACGCACCUGACCGGCAACGUGCCAUACAAGAGGAGGUGGGCCGACUCUUGGCGGCAGGCUUCAUAGAAGAGGCCAAGUAUCCUCAGUGGCUGUCCAAUGUAGUUCUCGUGAAAAAACACAAUGGAAGCUGGAGGAUGUGUGUUGACUACACUAGUCUCAACAGUGCGUGUCCUAAAGACUGCUACCCCCUCCCGAGGAUCGACCAGCUGGUUGACGCAACAGCAGGGCACGCGCGUCUCUCUUUCAUGGACGCCUAUUCAGGAUACAAUCAGAUCAGAAUGGCGCCAGAAGACAGGGAACACACGGCUUUCCUCACCGAUCAAGGGAUAUACUUUUACAGGGUCAUGCCGUUCGGGUUGAAAAAUGCUGGAGCUACAUAUCAGAGGACAGUAAACAAGAUGUUUGCCCCCCAAAUCGGGAGGAACAUGGAAGUCUACGUGGACGACAUGAUUGUGAAAAGCAGAGAGGCCGGGACACACCUUGCCGACCUAGCCGAGGCCUUCGACACGCUACGCAAGUUCGGCAUGCGGCUCAACCCCACGAAGUGCACUUUCGGCGUCACCUCCGGGAAAUUCCUGGGGUUCAUUAUACACCAGAGAGGAAUCGACGCCAACCUGGAGAAAGUACAGGCAAUAAUCGAUAUGCAGUCCCCCCGGACAGUUAAAGACCUGCAGCGACUCAACGGCAGACUCGUCGCCCUGUCUCGCUUCCUCGCCCGAUCGGGCGAUCGCUGCCUCCCUUUCUUCAAGGCGCUCAAAGACCCGAAAAACUUCCAAUGGACGUCGGAAUGCGAGGAGGCUUUGAAACAGAUGAAGCAACACUUGGCCACCCUCCCUCGACUCGCCUCUGUCUUCCCCGGCGAAAAGCUGGGGCUCUAUCUGGCGGCCUCCCCGUACGCGGUUAGCUCCGUCCUCGUCAAGGAAAUCUCCGGCGCACAGCUCCCGAUCUACUACGUCAGCCACGUCCUGAGUGGACCCGAGGAGCGUUACCCGCCGAUAGAAAAACUCGCACUCGCCCUAGUGCUCUCAGCCCGGAAGUUGCGCCCCUACUUCCAGGCACACUCGGUGGAAGUCGUCACCGACCAACCUCUCCGGCAGAUCUUAACAAAGUUCGAUGUUGCAGGUCGGCUUCUCCGAUGGGCGGUGGAGCUCGGUGAGCACGACAUCAGCUACGUAGCCAGGACCGCCAUCAAGGCCCAGGCGGUAGCCGACUUCAUCGUGGAGCUAGCUCGGGUGGGCAAAGACCUCGAGCGAACUCCCGAGGCUUGGACCCUACACGUGGACGGCUCGGCCAACUCCGGGGGCGUCGGAGCUGGGCUGGUCCUUCUCGCCCCCGACGGACGCUCAUUCGAGCGCUCCCUCCGCUUCGGGUUUAAAGCCACCAACAAUGAGGCGGAGUACGAAGCCCUCCUAGCUGGAUUGAGGCUGGCCCUCGAGAUGCAGGUGGCCGCAAUACACGUCCUCACUGACUCGCAACUCGUGGCCGAACAGCUCAGCGGAGGAUACGAGGCUCGUGACGCAACCAUGGCCAAAUAUCUGGCGCGGGUAAAGGAUCUAACCACGAAAUUCCCGUACUUUACAUUGUCUAACAUUCCGAGGGAGGAGAACGCACGGGCCGACGCGCUCGCUAAGCUGGCGUCGAGACGAACCCCCGAAGCGUGGUCAGAGAUAGAGGAGCUUCCCGCUCGCGCCAUUGAGGUAGCUACCACGGCCCCAGGCAGUACGCCGACCACGUGGGUGCAAGAGCUGCUGCGCUUCAAGCGAGAUGGAGCCCUCCCCCUCGACGAAGUCGCAGCUCGGCGUCUGCGCCGCACACACGCUUGGUACACCGAGGAAAGUGGCCAGCUGUACAGACGAUCCUUCACCUACCCCCUCCUGAGGUGUUUGGAGCCUGACGAAGCCCAGACCGUCCUGGCUGAAACUCACGAGGGGAUCUGCGGCGAACACAUUGGCGGGCGGACCCUGGCGCACAAGAUACUUCGCCAAGGCUACUACUGGCCAACCAUGUGUCGAGACGCAAAAGCUUACAUGCAGCGGUGCAGCUCGUGCCAGCAACACGCCUGCGCGCCCCGACAACCUGCGGUCCCCCUCAGUCCCAUCGACUGCGCAUGGCCAUUCGCCCAGUGGGGACUGGACCUCCUCGGCCCCUUUCCACCGGCCUCGGGACAGCGGAAGUAUAUAAUCGUGGGAGUAGAUUACUUCACGAAGUGGGUCGAGGCCGAGCCGCUGGCUACGACGACGGAACACCAAAUGGAGAAAUUUGUCUGGAAAAACCUUGUGACCCGGUUCGGGUUGCCCAGAGCCAUCGUCACCGACAACGGACCACAGUUCGCCGGCACGAGGUUCCAGGAGUUCUGCGCCGGUCAUGGCAUUCAGCUGAGGUUCAGUUCGGUAGCCCAUCCUCAGACGAACGGGUUGGCCGAGGUGACCAACCGAUCCAUCCUGGAUGGCCUCAGAAAAAGAGUAUCCGCGGCCCGAUCGACCUGGGCGGACGAGCUCCCUAGCGUGCUAUGGUCGCUGCGCACCACCCCCAAGGCCGCGACCGGAGAAUCCCCCUAUAGCUUGGCUUUCGGAACUGAGGCCGUCCUAUCGCCCGAGAUGACUGUCGCCACGCUUCGAACGAGGAACUAUGACCAGGAGGCCUCGAACCAGGGACUUCGCGCCAACCUCGACGUACUCGAGGAGCGACGUACUGACGCACACCUGAAAGCCCUCUCUUACCAGAGACCCGUCGCAAGGGUCUACAACAGAAGGGUGCGACCCAGGCCAGUCAGGUUAGGCGAUCUAGUCCUACGAAGAGCCGAAGUCAACGACCCAACUCGGGCGAGGGUGAAGCUGGCUCCCAAGUGGGAGGGACCUUACCGGGUUACCGGCGUGGUUCAACCAGGUACUUAUCGACUCACCACGAUGGACGGUUCCUCUAUGCCGAGGACAUGGAACGUCCAGAACCUUAAGAAGUUCUUCGUCUGA